UAGGCCCCUACUGCGGCUCACCUCGGAUGUCUCCUCCAUAUCUGCCUCCCUGUCCUCCGUCCAAUCGCCGACCCGCGCGCCACUCCUCCCUCGAUAGCCUUCCACUGGAUUUGCCGUGAAGCCUGUGUUGAAUCAUUGGGUUCACCAUCGUUACCCCUUCUCCGGCGUACCACCUUCUGUGACUCUGCCCGAUCGACCGCGCCUCCUCCUCGAUCCUUGUGUGUCCUGUCAGAGGCUACUUUGUGACUAUCGUUGGUGGGUAGGUGCGCUGCAUCGGGACGAAGUUUCUCCUUGCUUUUCACUGAUGGCUUGUCUCGGGUUUCCGUUCCCACCCCUCCAGAUGCCCAUGUGUGACAGCAAAGAAGACUAGUGAGGAAGGCGAUAAGCGCUCACUGCCAAGCAUGUCUGAUAUUCUAGAAGCUUCUAGAGCACAGAAACUGGACCUUCAACUCAAAACCCUGGGACCCUUCUUCAGGAUCACUGCCACUAGCCUCCAAACCCGCGCAGAGCUGGGAAAAGCUGAAGGCCUCAUACGAUUCUCGUUUCAAGGAACACAGAUUCUUCACUUGGAUUCCAUGAAGCUCCGCAGGGAAACCCUCAGCAUGGAGAAAUCAAUCUUUGGCCUCGGUUUGUUCAUCGGUGCCGUCGCUAUUCGCCACGGCUACGAUUCUGGCUGCACCACCGCUCAGUUACUCGCAAUCAAUGAUUCCGACCUUCACCAUUCUAAGGUUGACUCCGGAUGAUUCGAAUGUGAUGGUUGUUAGGGAACAAACGCCGUCGGAAGCGCUUGCAAUAGUCCCGAUCCAAUUUUUUGUGCCGCCAUCCCAGCAAACAACCACUGACGCAGAUUCCGAACCAACCCCUAUGCUACAGAUUGAAGGGGCAAGAGAAACCACUCCUGAAACCCCCAAACAACAUCAAGAAACAACACCCAAGCUUCCCCCAGCUCCAACAAAAAUUCAUCCAGACGCCGAGGAAGCUGCUGCCCUGUUGAUGAUGGCACGGACAGCAAGCUAUGUUCCUAAAACAGAUCUGCCGAUGCCAUCAUUCAGCCUUGGAUUGACAGAUUCAAGCCAGGAGGGGGCAUCGACGCAGGAGACAGAAAGGGAAAAAUCUCCAGAAGCUGCAACUAUGCUGGAACAAUUGGACAGUUUGGUCCAAAAGUUAGCAAGCAGUGCGUCAAAGGGAAAAGAAGAAAGUCCGCAAAUUCGGAGGGAGACUGGGGGAGAAAGUUCUGCUAAGUUUGAAACACCGGGGGAACAAAUCAAAUUCCGGAUGAUAUGA